AUGGCAUAUCAACAUGAUCAAAAGCAUGAAAAGCAAGGCUGCAUCCAACUAGUUCGCUGUAUUCCACCAACGGAUGAAGAACUAAAGAAUCCUCAAUAUGUACCUCAAUUGGAGAUUAAUUCACAAGCACAACAGAUUCUUGCUGAACGCUUUGAAGCACCCAUUUCUAUUAUUGUCUAUGUAGGCAAUAUGGGCGUUGGUAAAAGUAAAUUGGCAACAGUUACUGUAGCGGCUUUAGAAAAAGAGACGCCUGGAACAGACUUACUCUGGUUUCGAAGUGGUGCCGGUACUAAUGGAGUAACACAAGGUGUUUGGAUGUGGUCCGAGCCACUUCGACAUCCUGAUCAAGAUGAAAAAACAAAGGGUUCAAUUCUAAUUCUCGACUGUGAAGGAACGGAUAAUUUAGAUGAGAACACGGGUGCUAAUUUGUAUUUUUUCUGCAUGGUUGUAAGUACAGCAUUUGCUGUCGUCCUUCGUCCUGCUCGUAUAGAUCGGUUUCAAUGUGAUCGUCUCUAUCAUGCAUUAAAUCGAUUCGAAGUCAUGAAAUCAUUGCAUGUUUUGCCAAACAUAUGGCUAUUACCAUUAGAUCUACCCAAGUUUUUACACAUUGAUCGUGAUACUGGUGACGAUAUCGAAAUUUCGAAAGACGAAUGGCUUCAUCAAAUAUUCAGUGUUGACGAGGAGCGCAACAAUUUAUCAAGUGGUCACAAUCAAAGACUGAAAGAACAAUAUGAAUAUAUCACUCAUAUCUAUCUUCAUGGUCCAAGUGUAGAUUGGGAUUCUCUUAUUGGAUCUGAUGCAGCUAAACGUACUAUAAAAGAAGAAAUUGUUUAUCCAAUACGAGUAGGAAUAAAUACUAAAGGAAAAAACAAAAAAAAACUAUCAUUUUUAGGAAAAACUGUAUUAGCUAAAGCAGUAGCAACUGAAUGUAAAACAACAUUUUUUAAUAUAUCAGCAUUAACUAUUGCUAUCGAAUGGCUUGAUGCUUCGGAAAACCUUGUACGCGUUUUAUUUGAAGCAGCACGAUUUCAUGCUUCAUCAGCACUUUUUUUUGGAUAA